AUGGCUGCAGUGCUCGAAGAAGUCGGCAAAUCCGCUAUUAAAUUAGUGGACGAAGAUCCUGACGAUAUUGUUGAUGAUGAAGAUGAAAGCAGCCCCAUUGACGCUACUAAAAAGAAGAAGAAAAAGAAAAAGAAGAAAAAGCCUGCUGGAGAAAAUGCUGUAGUAGAUGGCACCGAUGAUAAAAAAGAAGAUGAUAAUGAAAAUGUUGAUGGUGCAGUAAAUGCUGAAAAUCAAGGAGAUACUACAGAGGAUGGAAAGAAAAAAAAGAAGAAACGUAAGCCAAGAGGAAAACAAGGUGGUGGUAAACAACAGACAGAUCCACCGAGUAUACCAAUUGGAGAUUUAUAUCCAGACGGUAAUUUUCCAAUUGGACAGAUAAUGGAUCAUCCAGUACCAUCAGGAGUUGAUGAAAAAACAGCAUUAUUCAGAUUUACCACUGAAGAGGCACGUGCACUUGAUAGAAUGCACAAUGAUAUAUAUAAUGAAGCACGACAAGCUGCUGAGGCUCAUCGACAAACACGUAAACACAUUAUGAAAUGGGUAAAACCAGGCAUGACUAUGAUUGAAAUUUGUAAUGAGCUUGAAAAUACUGCGAGAAAAUUAAUUGGUGAAAAUGGAUUAAAGGCCGGUUUAGCAUUUCCAACAGGUUGCUCACGAAAUCAUUGCGCUGCUCAUUAUACUCCAAAUGCUGGUGAUGAAACCGUUCUUGAAUAUGAUGACGUAACUAAAAUUGAUUUUGGUACUCACAUCAAUGGCAGAAUAAUUGAUUGUGCUUUUACUCUAUCAUUUAAUCCAAAGUAUGAUAAACUUAUUGAAGCAGUGCGAGAUGCAACUAAUACUGGGAUAAAAGCUGCUGGUAUUGAUGUACAGUUGUGCGAAGUAGGUGCUGCAAUUCAAGAAGUUAUGGAGUCAUAUGAGGUUGAAAUUGAUGGUAAAACUUAUCAAGUUAAAUCAAUAAGAAAUUUAAAUGGUCAUUCUAUUGCGCCUUAUCGUAUUCAUGCUGGUAAAACUGUUCCUAUUGUACGUGGUGGUGAGGCUACAAGGAUGGAAGAAAAUGAAUUUUAUGCUAUUGAAACGUUUGGAUCUACUGGCAGAGGUGUGGUACAUGAUGAUGCUGAUUGUUCUCAUUACAUGAAGAGCUUUGAAGCUGGCUUUGUACCACUGAGAUUACAAAGUAGUAAAUCAUUGUUAAAUACUAUUAACAAGAAUUUCAGUACUUUGGCAUUUUGUAAACGUUGGCUGGAUCGUGUGGGAUGCACUAAAUAUCAAAUGGCAUUAAAGGAUCUUUGCGAUAAAGGUGCUGUUGAAGCUUAUCCCCCGUUGGUUGAUAUAAAAGGUUGCUAUACUGCUCAGUUUGAACAUACUCUGGUAUUGCGUCCUACUUGUAAAGAAGUUAUUUCACGUGGUGAUGACUACUAA